AUGUAUGACGAAGAACGUAAGGUAAGGGACUGGAUGGAGCUUGGCAUGGAUUCAAACUUCGCAUGGAAUGCACCCAAAGCUCGUCCGAUCCCUACCCAAACACAAAGGGUCUCUGCCAAGGAAACCGUGCUUGUCCACAGCUCAACCAGAAGGAGCAGCAAGAGCACGACGAUGUCGUGGUCGAAGUUGGAUAGACGACCAGCACAGCCCAACCAUUCGGCAAAUGCGGAGGAGAAUAUCACACCCGCACCGAUGCAGGGAUGGAAUCAAGACACGAGAAGGCUGGGUGCAAAGGAGUUUCUGAAGAUGUCUGCGGAUAGCAGGAGAGUUUUCGAUCGACAGGAUGAGAGGAUGGUGCCGCAGAUGCGCAAUGCUCGAGCAUACCCUGCAGGAACAAACGCGCGAGCAGGGGAGAUUGAGAGACACUCUGGUGCUACAGACGUCAUGAAUGCUUUUUUGGCAUAUGAUCAAGGCCAUGUCGACUCAUCGACCAGUAUCGUCACUUGCGUUGCUGAUUGCUUCUCUGGGAUCGAUGAAGAGGCGAGAGAACUGCUGGCAGUGGUCAAGGCGGCCCCUGGCAAGCGCCACGUCAGCACGAGCAGGACCAGGAUGUGCCCUGACUCUCUUCGGAGCCUCCGGGAGCUUCUCAGGAAUCUGACAGCCCAUCAAGAGCAAUUGAACGCGAUGGGAGUGGAGGAGCUCGACCGAGUCGACAACUCCUUCACUUCUCUGCAAGCGUCUCUGGAUGCCCUGCUCGCACGUCAGGACGGGCAGUGUGCCGCUAUCGACGAGCUGGAGAGAACUUCAGCCAUGAAGGAAGCAGAGGCAGAGAUCAUGAGAGCAUGCGUGCAGCGCCUUGCCUCAGGGAUCUUGAGCGACUCGGUCCGGUGUCAGGAGGACGUGUCUGAUAUGAUUCAAAGCAUCCGUAGCAGGGAGGGCGAAAACCAGAGCUGGGAGGAGCAGGAGCAGGAGCAGGAGCAGGAGCAGGAGCAGGAGCAGGAGCACUCCGAUCCUGCCGAGGAUUGGACGCCCAAAAGAUCCAGCGUCGAAGCACUCAAGCAGGACGGGCUCGUGAGGACGCUUUUCCCAGUCGCUCAGUCUCUCUCAUCGCCAGAGUCCUACGAUAUGAAUGCGGGAGGCGCACUCGGGGAGUCGACGGUCGUCGUCGACAUCGGCCCGAGUUUCUCCUUUCGAGGGGACCCUCGUCUGACGCUGCCGCCCGUUCGGAAACGAGCUUACUCACUUACAGUAUACGAGCACGAGUAA